AUGAACUCCAACUCUUUUCAGAUGGAUUGUGCUGCAAUUUGUUUGCUCACUACUGCCGUUCAAUUUAUUCCACUUUCAUCAACCAUAAACUGCACGUAUUGCGUGGAAGCUAGAUCGACGUACGAGCAUUGCUUCAAGGAUGUUAUAGAAUGUGCAUAUCGGGAUCCAAGCUCUUUAAUUAUUUGUUUGAAUGUGUAUGAAAAGAAUGGUGGAGACCCCGCCAUAAUUCAACACACAAUUCGAUGUAUAUCCUACCAAGACUACUACGUUCCAGACCAUUCAAUAAGACAGGUCAGCGCCGGCGGCUCGUGUGCAUUCGAGCACAUUCAAAAGUGUGAAUGUGAUGUGUGCCGAUCACCAACUACAUCCACAAGCACCACUACGACAACCACUCAAAUCACCCCAUCCAUGCAUAGAAAAAAGCAUCAUCAUCAUCACCAUCACAAGGAGAACUCCAGUCACUAUCACAAACAUGAUCAGCUGGUAUUUCCAAACAACACAUUCGCCCAGCAGUACCGGGAUAGUGGAUAUUAUCUGAAAUCUGCAACAUCGAGCUUUUCUCUAAUGAUUAUUACGGCUUUCGCCACUAUUGUUCUUAUUCUGUAAAACCGGAAAGUCACUCACUUUAUUCAAAGUUCGGCCUAUUGUAACAUUGAGUCUAUUUCUCCUCGUUUAAUUUUUUCGAAUAUUAUUACUCUAUUCUUAUUUUUGUUUUUUAUCCUCUACCCCUUCACCAAUAUAACACGAUCCCUCUGUUCGACAAUGUUUCUCUUCAUCGAACCGUGACAAUUUUGCAUUCACUACUCGGGUACACACUUUUUUUACACACUUUUUUUUGACUAUUUCACAUUGUAUAAUUCUGUUGAAAUAAGUGUUCAAGUAAAUAGUAAACGAUGAAGUUUAAAUUAAG